GCACAGAACGCGACGCACCCGCGCACCCGCCGGACGAGCAAAUGUUUACUCACCGCUUGUUAUAAACUGAAGCAGCCGGCGACGAAGACAUAAACGCUCGUUCAGUCGCAGCACACUCGCCAGUGUGGCAACUGAUCCUUUUCGUAAGUCAGUGAACGGCACGUAUAUAACAAAAAAAACGGACACUUUUCAGCGCAGAAAUGCGGGCGGCGCUGAUCUGUCUACUGGCCGUCGUGGCCGUAGCGGCCGGGGAAUAUGCGGAAGAACCGUGGGUGGAGGAAGAAGACGUGGAAGACAAUUACGACGAUGAAGCAGAAGAGACGCAGAGCCGCAGGCGACGUGAAGUGUACGUGGAAGGUCCUUAUGAGGAACACGUGAGGAUUAAACGAUGCGAUGAUGAACCCGUCCACCGUGUGCGACGCUCGGCUGAGUAUGUCAGAGUCCCGAGACAGGUGCAUCAAUAUGAAGUGUACGAAUUCUCAGACGAUGCGGCACCCGCUUCACCACCAUAUGAAGAGAUGUUGGCCGCAAGCGCUGACCAUUACCACAGAGUGUACGCGGCUCCCGGUCAACCGGCCGCGAGAUAUCUCAACCCUGAAGUGAGUGUUCCAGAAGAAGUACCUUUAUCACCUGUGGCGUCUCAUCCUGCGCAGUAUGUCGCGGCUCCUAACCCUGUUUAUAGCAGUAAAUAUGUCGCUGCACCCAAAACUGUUUUAGGCGAUAAUAUACAUGUUGUGGCACCCCCUAACGCUAAUCCUAAUGUGUUUAACGAUCAUAUCAAAUUUGUGGCCCCUAAAAAUGCUAGGCAUAACAAACCCGUUCAGUUUGUGGCUCCUCAUGUUGGGAACGUGGCAGCCGCUGCUCCUGUGAUACCCAUUCCAGCGGCCGUGGCUUCGGUUCCCGUGGCAGUGGCUCCUGUACCGUUAAAACAAUUGUCUAGUGGAGAUUUAUUGGGCUCGGCGGCUGGUCAUCAUGAUAAGCAUCAUCAUGGUCAUGAGGCAGGUGGUGGACAUCAUCAUCAUGGAGGUCAUUACGGAGAACAUGGUGGAAAGCAUACCGAGGGUUUCUCUGGUGAACAUCACGUAGAUAAAGGUGCAAAGGGACACAAAACUGAUCACCAUCAUCGCAAGGAAUACGAAGAGGCCGCUGGCAAGAAGCGAAAGCAUCACGACCAGGCUGGACACAAGGGCAGCCACGAGGAAGAGGCUCAUGGAUCGAGAGGUGCCAAGUUCGAUGAGAAGAAAGGCCACAAGAAGGGACACAAAACGAAAGGUUACCACAACAAGUACCACAAGGAUGAAUUCCAUAAAGAGCAUAAGUUCUACGAUGACUUCCACAAGAGUGGUGAACAUCACAGAUAUGGCAAGUUCCACGCCAAGCACGCCAGUGAUGAAAGUGGAAAGAAGAAGGCGCACCACGUUAACGCCGGACAUGACUUCAUGGAGCGAGGCAAGAAAGGAUACAGUAACAAGGGUCACAUGGAUGAAGACCACAAAGGCUACGACGGUAAACACGGCCAUGACGAACACCACGAGCACCACUCCCACCACGGCAAGAAGGGCGGCAAGGCGUCCGGCUCCCACUGGGGACACGCCCAGAAACACUAACCUUUACCACCGCUACACAAGUCUGGAUUUGCCCAAGCGCUUACAUUAUGAACUAAUGGUUCUAGUAUUUGUUUUGCAUGUAACGUCGAGUCCGUCAAAGUUAUGAGAAGAUUUAUUAAUAUGAUGUUAUUUUUUAAAGUCAGUA